AUGCGAGCCACCGUUGCCGUCUUGUCUGCUCUCAGCUGGGCAACAUGUGCUGCAGCCCAAAAAUGGUCUUUUAGCUGCGGCUGUGAGGACUUUAACGACGCCUCUGUAAGCGAUUGCCAGGAGGCCAUCAAUUCGAUUGAUACCAGCGCCGAGAACUUGGACCCCAUGGUAGCCAUCGAUACCGAAAAGGUUGGGCUAUGGACUAGCAUCCAUAUUUUCCACAAAGUUGGCAACUGCAAGCUCGGUACAGCCAGCCAGACACAGCCUCCUGUUCCUGGUGGAGGUGGCGGUGCUAUUGUUGGGACCAUCGUAAGCGGCCAGGACUUUAAAGAUCAGUUACAGGCUAUGAUUGACGAAUGUUCCGCUCCUAAUGGAUAUGUUAACUCGUGCUCCUCUGUCGGUGCUGGAAACAUCGUUAUGGCUACAACUGCCCGAGAAGAAUUUGUUGCGGCGAUGCCAGCGACAAGGGUGUCUGCUGUUUUCUUGCUAGGCGGCAGGGAUGGCAAAAAGACAAAAACAUACAACAGCGGGGAUUCGCUGGUCGUCACCGACCCAACUACUAAUCCGCCGGUUAGUGGCUUGACUAUGGGAGAGCGGACGGGAUCCCGUAUUUUCCACUACCUUUGGUCCGCCGGCAGCCACUAA